CUCCUUGAUUGGAGUGAUGGUAUAGUUAAAAAUAAAACGUUUAAAAUAAGCAGCUUCGUUGUGAUGGUAGCAUUUAGCACAUAAUUGGCCUUGCUCUGAGGCGCACGUAAUUUAACCAACUAAUUUAGCAUUGUAGCGAUAGCGAUUUAUAUAAGCAUAUAAGACAACUAUGCUAUGCAGUUAGUGCAGAAAUUCAGUGCCGGUAUGUAUGUGCUGCAAGGACUUACUUUAGUGAGCUAGCUUAGCAUAGUAGCCAAAACGUUUUUAUUGAAGCACCUCUAUGCAAACUAGCAAUAUGCUAUGUAGGACAUUAACGUAUACCCUCUUGCGUGGACAAAUUUAACAAGAUAGUUUUGCAUUAUAGUGUAACUCUUUUAUAAAAGCGCUAAGAAAGCUAUGUAAUGCAGCUACAUUGUUUAAAGAAAAUUACAAAUUGGUGUGGCAGCAGGCAGAAAUUUAGCCUAUAAUACCAAUAAUGUGUAAAAUCAUUAUAUUUUAUUUUUUAGAAUUGGCAAUGCCUUCCCUGAGAAGCAGGAAAUCACCAAAACAGGAUGCCAUUGAACAUGCUUUAAUGGGUCUGGAUAAGACUCUCGAGUUGGAGAAGAAGUACAUCAGUUCUUUUAAAGGUCGAGGAGUAUUUACCAAAGCCCCUUUCAGGAAAGAAGAUUUUGUGGUGGAGUACAGAGGAGAAUUAAUAGAUUGGGAUGAAUCCCAAAAGAGAAAGAUGGACUAUGGAACAGGAAGAGUCUUUGUCUUUGAUUUCCGCUGGCAAGAAAAAACUUGGUGCAUUGAUGCUGCCAAAGAAGAUGGCAGUCUCGGAAGACUGGUCAAUGAUGACCACAAGCACCCAAAUUGUAAAAUGAAGAUGAUUGUGACAGAGGGCAAGCCUCACCUGUGUUUAUUUGCACAAAGAGACCUUGACAUUGGUGAAGAGAUAACUUAUGACUACGGACCAGCGGACUGGCCUUGGAGGAAAAAGGACAAAGGACAAUCGACUGUGACGAAAACUGCUGAGAGUGAAAUUUCCAGGACCAGAGAGCAGCCUCCACAAUCUAAAGACUCGGAUAUGGAGGUUGGAGGAAGCCAUUCCACUGUGACUGAAUAUUCUGAGGUUGGGGUCUCCAGAACCAGAGAGCAACAGUCUCCGAAAUCUACACACGCUGCAAUGGAGGACGUACAGUUGAAUUUAAGUGAAUCUCCGGAAUUUGAGAUGUCAAGCACCACCGAGCAUUCCUCUCUAGGACCUACGAAGUCAGAAGUGAAGAAAUUGGAUUCAAACCAUUCUUUUCCCAUGGACAAAAAAAACCUGCACAAUAUGGGUUUGGUUAACUACACUGAUUCUGAUGAAUCCCAGGAGCUAUCCAUAAAUCUUUACCAAAGUACUAUCCCAAAGCUCAGGAGAACUAAAUGUAUGCAGGUCAACAGCACACUUAGCCGUUAUCAGGUGGGAAAUGAAAUUGACGGUAAUGGAGAGCUUCUUUACUCCACCUCAGAGGACAGUGGAGAUGAAUAUAUUCCAGGCACAAGUGAGGAAUCAGAUGAGAGUGAAGGUUUGCAAUGUGUCGACUCUCUCGUUAAGAAGGAUAUCAUCAAAGAUUUGUUUCACCUUACAAAUACCUCAAAAGCCUCCUCGAUGCCAUCUGUUAUGCACGUUGAUGGACCAUCUCCUCAGCAUAUACCCAAACGUCAGUCCACCAAACGGAAACAAAAGUCACCCAAAAAAGGAAAAGGUCGACAACCGGUUAAAAAGAAGCCAUGGAAGAAAGAGGUCUUGGCUGUUGAGAAGCAUAUGAUGUCAUUCAUCACUACCUGCCGUGUUCCACGGAAGAGCGACUGCGAUGACUGCCUUAAAAAGGAACAAGUAGCACUCAAAAACAGGCAUUGGUCAGCAGUAAAAUUUUACAUUAAAAACAAGAUCACAGAUCUCAAAAGGAGAGUUUAGGGGGAUGUAGGGGUUAUAUAUGGUGACCCUUUUUAUAUUGCUAUUUGUGCUUUGUGACCAUCUGUACAGACCUCCGUGAAGUUGCCCCAUCAGAUGAAAAUUUAUAUAAAAAUGAUGGCAAUAGUUUGUGCGUUUUUUUUUUUUUUUUGUGUCCUGCUAUUGUUGCAAUAUUUCUCUUAUAGGUUUGAGGUCAAUCAACCUCCCAUUUUGAUUUAAAAAAUGGUGUCAAUUGUUUGUGCUGUAAAAAAUUGUCGUUUGUGCUGCGAUCGUUUUAUAGAUAUUGAGAUAUUAAUUUCGAGUGAAGACGUCAUAACUCCCAUGGCUGACGGAGCUUAUCAACUCUCAAUAACAGAGGGCUGUCCAAACAACUAGCACGAACGUAUCAGGAACGAAUGGCACUUCUGGUCCAUUUUGCGGUUAAUGAGGAGCUGAGGGUGACGUCAUCACUCGUAAUUCAAAUCUCAAGCCCCCCCAUUCACUACAAAAUGGACCCGAAUUCGUUUCUGCUCGUUAUUGACACCCUCGUUAUUGAGACUUGAUACGCUCCGUGAGCCAUGGGAGUUAUGACAUCCUCACUGGAAAUUAAUAUCUAAAUAUAUAUAAAAUGAUACCAGCAUAAACAACAUUUUUUACAGCACAAAUGAUUGACAUUUUCAUAUAAAUUUGCGACUGAUGGGGUGGAGGGACUUCACGGAUGUCUGUACAGAUGGUCACAAAGCACAUAUAGCAAUACACGAAGUGUCGUCCUUUUUUUUUUUUUUAACUUCUGUGUCAUCCUUUUGAAGUUGUGCUGUGGCAAUUGGGGUUCUUGCUUUUGCCAGUUUGCAAUCGCGCUUUAGAAAUUGGGGAUCGUGUUGUGGCAGGUUGCAUUCGUGCUUUUCUUUUGCAAAGUGUUUGGUCUUUUGCAUUUUGCCUCACACCUCUCGGCCAUGGUAGAUAUACACAAACUUAACUAUCAAUGGCAUAACUGUUUGCACUUGUUUCGUCUGUUUUGAAGCGAUACAGCAGUUAAGAGAGAAUAAAGACGAUGACUUACCUUGUGCAUGUUGCACUUCACUGUUACUGGCUAAAACUUUUCGAACUAUAACCCCCCCCUUCGACUUGCGGUUUACGGUCAAGUGUUGCCUAUCUAUGGAUUUUUAGAACCUAAAGUGCACUCCUGCGGCUAAAAGUCGAGUGCAGCCUAUGUAAACAACCAAUUAUUUGUAAAUAUUGCUGAUUGUUUGAACCCCAAACUUUUGAACCGUAGUGUACAGUCUGAAAUUCCAGUAAAUUUUUAUCCAACAUAAGGUAGAAUUUAAACUGUAAAUGUAUCGUAAUUAAUGCAGUGAUAUACAAUGAUCCCUCGUUUUUCGUGGUUAAAGGGGAUCCCCCCAUUAUAAUCGAAAUCGGCGAAGUAGAUGUGUAGCUUAUUUACAUUAAAAAAAAAAAAAAAUCUUUUUGGUGUGUGUUCAAUGCUUUUACUCAGAUUUAGCAUUGGAAAGAGUAUAGUUUACUAUAACAGUAUAAUUCUUUAAAUUCUUCAUUGACUGAGUCCUCUCAAAUCAACUUGCUGUUUAGCAAGCAAAUAUCAGCGAUGGACUGAGGGCGCAAUGUAGCGAGGGAUCACUGUAGUUCUUAUAUGGCUAUGCAGUGAUUUAUUUGAGCAAUGCUAGAACAACCUGUGCAAAGUUACUACAGAAAUUGAAUAUCAGAAGUCCAAGACAAAGAAUAACUUAAUGCCAAGAGGAAAAAAAAAAAGUUUUAAGGCACAUUCCAUUAAAAUAUUAUGUGUCAGUUUUGACACAUCAAUGGUCACUGAAGAAAAUGCACAUAUAAAAAAAACUUAAUACUACCUGGUCAAUUAGUAGUUUUACGGCAUGUUCUUCGGGUGACAUAGAGUGGUUCCACAAAGUCACAAUGAUCUGACAUUUGUGUGGGUGGUGUGCAUUAUUACCGUCCCCAGAAGUAGGCAUGAUCUGACGUUUUUCUAACUGGUACCCAGAAAGGGAGAAAAACAGAUGGUGUGCAUAGUUACUGACCCCAGAAGAAGGUAUGAUCUGACGUUUGUGUAAGCGGUACCAAGAAGAGAGGAAAAAGCGGUCAGUGUGUAAAGUUACUGACCCCAGAAGUAAGUAUGAUCUGAGGUUUGUGUAAGCGGUACCCAGGAAGGGAUAAAAAACAGGUAUUGUGUAUCGUUAUUGACCCCAUAAGUGACGAAAACGAAAAAAUGUCCCCAUAAGUCGGUCUGUAGUCAGGUCGAUGCCUCUAUACUUUGUCUAAAUGGAAAUUUAAAGUGAUUUUUGCAUUGUACAAUUUUCGAGGAUGCUCCCUGAUUUUUUUCAGCUCUCUACGACAUUCAGAAAGGGUGGUCCCCAUAAUGCACGGUCUUGUCAGGUGUCCCUACAAUGACAGAAAAACAAGGCUGUGUGUGUGUGUGUGUGUGUGUGUGUAUACUUUCCUGGUGUUUUUCUGCAGGUUUUGCAACGGGAGCAUUAGCAGCUAAAGCCUCCUGCACCACGAUUAACAAUCAAACACACUGUGAGCUGCUGUGUUAUCCUCCUCCGUCGCUCCAGCAGAAG